GUCAGUCCAAGCAACGGGCCAGUGUGUGCCUGCGGUCCGUAAGGGAUGCACGACUCCUCGUCGUACUAACGCGAUUUAAAUUAUAUUUUCGCACUGUGAAAACUUUUAAUAGUAAUAUUUUUAUAAACGUGUUGUGUUAUUUUUGGCUGCGAAGUCUGGUGCUAGAAGCUGAGAGGAUAAAGGAUUUCAUUAUUCGUUUCCAUGGUGCCAAUUAUGUGGAAAUUGUGAAACCCUAUUAAUAUUUUGUAAUAUUUUUGGAGAGAUUUACAAAAGAAUAAAUCAUCAUGUCGAAUGCGGUGGUAGAAAACGGAGCGCCCGAUGAAAGGGCAACAACCUAUUACUUCCCAAAGACUGGUUCGAGUGCCACACUAUGGCAGAGACUGAGCCUGUUUGUCUCCAUCUACUGGAAGGCACUUAUUGUUGUGCUUACCCCACUGUUGCUACUGCCUAUACCUAUAUUGAACUCUGCACCCGCCUACAGAUGCAUGUACGUAGUCCUGAUAAUGGCAAUAUACUGGGUGUUGGAGCUACUGCCGUUGCCCGUAACAUCCAUGUUACCCAUCGUGCUGUUCCCAACGAUGGGCAUUCUGGACUCGGACAAAACAUGUGCAGCGUACAUGAAGGAGACUAAUAUGAUGUUCAUGGGAGGUCUGAUGAUAGCCGCUGGAGUACAGCAUUCCAAGUUACCCAAGAGAGUGGCGUUGUGGACCGUACAAGUUGUUGGGUGUUCUCAUAGAAGGUUGAACUUCGGCCUGACAUUCGUGACUAUGUUCAUAUCGAUGUGGGUGUCCAACGCCGCCGCCACCACCAUGAUGGUACCCAUCGUUGAAGCCAUAUUAGAAGUAUUGGAACAGCAAGGACUUGGCGAUGUGUAUGUGAACAGGAAGAAGAACCCGCCGGCGGAGAAUGGCAAGGACGCCAAGGCAGUCGCUAAAACAGGAGAGGAAGAGGCACCAAUGCCGAGCGACAUAACGAUCUGCUACUACCUGAGCAUAGCGUACGCGUCCACGCUCGGAGGCUGCGGCACUCUCGUCGGUACCGCCACCAACUCCGCCUUCAAGGGAAUAUUCGAUUCCGAGUUCCCCGAAUACUCGAACUCAGUGGACUUCUUCUGGUUCAUGGCGUACAGCACGCCGCCCAUGCUCAUCAUGCAGCUGCUCGUCUGGUUCGCGCUGCAGAUCACUUUCAUGGGGAUGUUCAGGCCUAACAGCGAAGCCGCGAGGAGGGUGAACAAGGCGUCUUCUGGCUCGGAGACCACAAUGAAGGUCAUCAAGGAGCAAUACAGGAACCUCGGACCCAUCACUUUCCACGAAAAGGCCUCGGGUCUCCUGUUCAUCCUGGCAGUGUUCCUGUACAUCUUCCGUCGCCCUGGAUUCAUGCCCGGCUGGGCUGAGCUCCUCACUAACAUGAAAGUGAAGGACGGUGUGACCUCAAUCUUCAUCGUAGUGCUGAUGUUCAUCCUGCCGAUGUGCUGCGACUUCCUCAAAUUCUUCUCUAGCUCUUCAUCAUACGAAGAAUUGGCGGCGUCUAAACCUUCCCCCAGUAUUGUGACCUGGAAUAUCUUAAAGGAAAAGAUCCCGUGGGGACUUCUCUUCUUGCUUGGCGGUGGUUUCGCUCUAGCAGAAGGCAGCAAGGCGACCGGCCUGUCUGCGAUGAUAGGCUCCUCUCUCGAAGGUCUGCACGGCCUCAACCACGCCGUGGUGCUACUGGUCGUCGUCCUGGUCACGCAGUUCAUCACUGAGUUCACUUCCAACGUCGCUAUUGCUAACCUUAUUCUGCCGGUGUUGGCUAAUAUGGCUCGUGUCCUCCACAUCGACCCUCGUUACCUGAUGGUUCCCGCGACGCUGGCCUGUUCCAUGGCCUUCCACAUGCCUGUAGGAACCCCACCCAACGCCAUCGUCGCUGGAGUCGCACACAUACCUACCUCUAAGAUGGCUGUCGGCGGUAUAGGCCCUAAGAUCAUCACAACUCUAAUCGUCUGGGGCGCCUACCCAACAUGGGGAGCAGUGAUCUUCCCCGCCCUUACAUUAUCAACCACCCCUGUACAAAACACGACCACAACCUUAGCCAAUAAUGUCACUCUCGCCUGUAACACCUCAUACAAUGCCAUACAAACCUUAUCAAACUUCAAUUGCUCUUUACCCAACCUCCCAAGCCUAAACAUGACAGGCUCGGUCACAUGUAACUAUCUUCCCUUAAAAAGUUAAACAAAAUUAGUUAAUUUUAUGGUUGGGUUACAGCUAUAUGCUAGCAUUUCCAUAGAUGAAGAAAUAUCUGAAAUAUGUACAGGUAUGUGCCAUUUUCUACCAUUUUUCUCAUGUUAAAUUUAGUUUUAUUUUUGUAAUGCAAUCUCGAAUUAAUGGGAGUCAGAACGUAACUAGGGGUACGGUGUUACAUUGUAUGUGGACCUCUGCUUACCCCUUUAGUGUUAUGUUGUGUAAUCUCAGUAUCGAAUAGACGAUUUUUUUUAAAGAUCAAAUAUUUGUAGUCUGUUGGUCUUUUAUUAUCUGUGCGUAAUUCAAUGUUGCCAACAUAAUGGUAUUUUAAAUCAUUAAAAGAACAGAGUCGCUAAGUUUUGAUCCUCAUUUGGUACUUAAAAUUAUUAUUGAGCAUGUUUUGCAAUCAUAUUAAGAUUGCGUUAAUGAAAAUUCGGCCUUAAGCUUUUAACAAAAAGGUGCUAUUUACACUACACCAUUAUUUAGCGGCUUUGUGAAUAAGUAAAUAAAUAAAAUAUUUUCGUAUUUUCUACAGUAUAAAAGCAUUUUUAUAUGAUAAUUUAUAAUACAGCAUUUAUGUAUGUAUGUGGAGUAUGACAGUCGCCCCACCGACUAUGUGCAUUGCCAAAAUAUAUACAUAAACAUAUAAUAUACAAAUAUAGACUUUUAAAUUGGACAUAAUUUUUAUAGACAAGACGUUAUAAUUACUAAUUUCCGUGUGAUAAGCGUAGUAAAAUCGAUUUAAUUUCUGACCACCUGAGGUUGAAAAUCGCUUGCAGUUUAUAAUACCGUAAGGUCUAUUUCUGUUUGUCAAAAAUAUAGAUUAUGUUCAAUUUUAAAUGUUUUAAUAUGAUAUGGUAAUAUGGCCAAACCCUUGUGCCUAUAUACAAACCAAGUUACUGGGACAAUAAUAUGCUAAAUGUAAUAUAUUAUUGUAUGUAAGUUAUAAUAUAAAGUUUAAUUAUUAUAUAUUAUAACAACGGAAUAAAGCGGGUGAGGAUCUAUAUAGAAAUGAGCUUCACACUCCCGUAUUUAUAAAGAACUGCUUUAGGAUUUUGAAAGUUAAAUGUCUAUGUUAUAAAGACAAUUUUUGAUUGAAAAGUUAUACUAAAACUUAUGGAUGGAUAUCCGUGUAUUGAAUCUAAUUUUAUGGAGUAUUGAAUCUAUUUUAUAUGCUAUAAGGGGCUGAUUUUUCAACAUUAAUAAAAAUAAAUAUUUUCUAAAUCGUUUUUGUAAAACAAAAGUCCUGUUUGCACAAUUAAUGCUUGCUGUCAAAUAUUUAGUUACUUACCUGAUGACAAUACAGUCUAUAAAACCUGUCUCACUAAAAAAUUAUAUUACAUUAGUCUUUCAAUUUACAUUUGUUUAUUGAAAAAUCAACCUUAAAGAUUAAGGACAUAGAAUCUCAUGUUUUUGUACAAUAUUUUGUAAGAAUCUCAACAAUCCAAAUACACCCGGCCUUUAACAAAGCAGUUCUUUUACCACUAUUACCAAACGAGUGUGAUAGCGAAACAAUAUAUUUUAUAUUAAUAUAUAAAGCGUCUAUGUGAAGGUAUAUACUAAAUAUAUUAAAAAAACCAGAUGAAAGGGAUGUUCCUAGUUAUAAUGUAAUAUAUUGUGAAGUGUGUGUGUGUGUGCGUGUGUUAGUUUUGUGUGUGUACGUGUGAUGUGUGGUGUGUGGACUGAAUAAAACCUUUGCUGGGAGAAUAAUUAUUUAUUAUUAUUAUUGUCAAAUAUUCCAUUAUGAAAAACUCCCAUAGCCUUUUUAACGCCAUAAUAUAAACAUCUUGCUGUCAUUCUGAAGUCAAGCCACUACACAAAAAUGUUAAAAUAGAUAAUUAAAUCUAUGGAUGAAAGUGUUAUUGUAUUGUAAAGUCGAAAUAAUUUAUUUUUGACUGAGGAAACUUCUGAAUGAUUAUAUUUGUGAAAAUGGCGUUGAAAAGGCUAAUAAUUCAGCAUAAAGGUGCCUUAAAAAGUCCAUAAGAACAAAGUGCUUUUUGUUGUUACUAUAACAAAAUAAUUGUGAUGCAUUUCUAUGUAAGUGUGAAAAGUGCAAAUUAGGAAUAAUUAUUAUUAUAUUGCUAUACAACGUGUGUCAUAAAUAUGAAAUAAAUAGCUGGUCCGGCUAACUUUCUACCGCCUCAAACAUUUUUUUCUAACCUUUUAAACCUUCCCCAGAAUUCCACAAAUAAUUGAAGACAAAAAAUAUCCAAAUCGGUUCUGCUGAUCCGAAUCGAACGAAACACUACUGUUUCGUUGUGUAAGUAUGGUUACAAUUAACCCCCCUUCCCAGUCUUGUCAAUCCUCCACAACAACCCUUAAAUUCCUAUCCCCCAAAAGGCUGGCAAGUUGGCAACGCACAUGUAACGUCUCUGGGAUUUCGAAUAUCCAGGGCGGUGGCGAUUGCUUACCAUCAAGUGAUGGUUUGGAUGUUUGACGCUGUGUGCGUUGUGAAGCUGCUGACAGAAGCUGGUUAUUUAAUGUUUAUGACACCCUCUGUAUAUUAGAGAAAAUCUAUAUAUAAGCUGUGUGAAUGUUAAUUACGUACAUUAAUUUAAGAUUUAUUUUUUUGUAUUAUUAUUUUUUUAUUUCCCUUUAAAUUGUGUAAUUUUUCGAAUUGAUUGACAAUUAUUUAUCUUUCUGGAAAUUUUGUAUUGUUUCAAUUAUGGCCAAAAUGUGGAUAAACAAAUAUUCUGAUGUUUAAUUUUAUAAAUGACUAAGUAAAAGUGUUCAUCUACAACUAUAUUAAAUAACAGAAUUACAACUAUAUACAAGUUUUAAAUGGAAUAUAGCCUAAAGAUAAAUUUAGAACUCUAGGUGUUAUUAAACAAAUCUUUGAAGGAUUUUACAAUGUUCUCAGCAUACUUAUAUUAAAGCCAAAUAAAUCUUUUUUAUAUUAAAUCUCGUGACAAGUUAAAUAUGUAAUUAUGUUGUACAGCUUAGUCAGUAACUUAACAAGCAAUUCCAUUCAUGACUAUGGGCCCGCGUGCCACUAUAGCGUGGCUUGAAAGCAAUCGAGUUACACCGAAUAGUUACGUGAGUAAGCCGUACUAGAUAAUUAACGCUAUUUUUCUAUUGAUCUCUCAUAACAAAAUAAUCCAAGAUUAUCUUGGACGUCACGUAGCCAAAAGAUAAUGUUUUACUCAAGAAUUUUAAAUCAAUAAUCUCCCGACUAUAAAAUGCAUGUUACCAUUUUUAUAAUUUAAAUUCGUUUUAUAAUACCUUUUUUGUAAAAACUCUUCAAUUUAAUAUUAUAUUAUAAGUUGGUUGUGAUUUGUAUAUUGUCACAAAUAUUACAUAUUUAAAUCCCGUUUUAACAGACAUUUUGUCUUUGACCAAAACUUUUGCCUAAGGUACAUGAUAAAUAUAGAAAUUAAUACACCUAUGUGUUGUCAUGGCCUUGCGGAUAUUAUGUAGUAAAUAGAUGUACGUAAUGCGCUCAUUUUGUAAAUAAUGGAUCGAAGGAAUGUGUUGUUGAAUAAAUAUGUUGCAAAUAUA